UAUCUCUGCUGCUAUUUGAAUCUGUAUUCCACUACUUACUGCAGAGUGAGUGAGGCCUCAGGAGCCUUUUCUGUUUCAUUCUUCAUUUGUUUUCUACCAUCAAAAUCAUCAUCUCUUCUUCUUCUUCUUCUUCUUCUUCUUCUUUACAGCAAAAAAAAAAAAAAAAAAACUGAUCUGAUGAUGAAUGGUGGAAGCAGCAGGAGCAGCAGGUUCCCAUUCACACCAUCACAGUGGCAAGAGCUUGAACACCAGGCACUCAUCUACAAAUACAUGGCUUCCGGCAUCUCCAUCCCCCCUGAUCUCCUCUUCUCCAUCAAAAGAGGCUACCACCUUGACCACUCUAGGCUCUUCCCUCACCACCACCCUCCACAACACCUUGGAUGGAACUAUCUGCAGAUGGGUCUGGGAAGAAAGAUAGACCCUGAACCAGGAAGAUGCAGAAGAACCGAUGGAAAAAAAUGGAGAUGCUCAAAGGAAGCAUAUCCAGAUUCAAAGUACUGUGAGAGGCACAUGCACAGAGGCAAGAACCGUUCAAGAAAGCCUGUGGAACAACAACAACCUUUGAAACAAUCACCAGCAGCAGCAGCAACGAACACCGAUGAUGCUGCUGCUUCUUCUCAUCAUGCUCCAUCUUCUUCAACCACAACAACAAUCUUAUCAAUCACCAACAACAAUAACUCUCUCUCUCCUCUCUCAUCUGCAUCACUGUCCUCUCAUCAUGACCUUUAUCAUCAACACCAACACCAACACUCCUUCCUCUACCACCACCAACCCUCUUCAAGGUCCUCCAACUCCAUUGGCUUCUCUUUUCAGGACAACAACGCUGCUCCUUUGUUUCUUGACACCCAGACCAACACCGACUGCAGAGAGAGGUAUAUUUAUGGGCUGAAAGAGGAGGUGGAUGAGCAUGCUUUCUUCACUGAACCUUCGGGAACAAUGAGAAGCUUCUCUGCUUCGUCCAUGGAUGAUUCAUGGCAGCUGACACCACUCACCAUAAGCUCCUCAACUUCUUCGAAGCAGAGGAGCUGCUCUGGCUUGUCCAAUGAAAACAACAACGAGUACUCUUACUUGCAGCUUCACCACCAUAGCUUCAACGCUGAUCAUAACAACAACAACAACAACUCAAAGCAAAGAGAAGCAGAACAAGAUCAUCAUCAGCAGGGUGGUGGUUGCUACAUGGCUCUUGGGAAAGAAGAAGAGCCACAUCAUCAGAAGACCACCGUUCAUCGUUUCUUCGAUGAAUGGCCUCACAAGAGUAGAGGAGGCUCAUCCUGGCUUGAUUUGGAUGAUAAAUCUUCCACUACUCAGCUUUCCAUUUCCAUCCCCACAUCCUCUCAUGACUUCACAACCUUCACUUCAAGGAACACUAGAGAUGGUUAAGCUUAGCUUUCAAAAGUGGGACCUACCCCUUGGCAUGUGGGUGAGAGUAAGACUGAAUCAAUGUACUUUGGCAAGGGAUGAGUGGGGUUUGCACAUGGACAUGGACAUGGACAUGGUUGUGAAAAGAGUAUCUAUUCCUAUUCCAAUUUCAAGUGCUCCCCCGUUUUUCCACCUGUGUUUUGUAAAUGAAGUUCAAGUGGAUUUGUGUCUCCAUGACAGGGAUCCAAUGUCUUAAUGUCUUUACCUCUUUACUGCUUUCUUAUUUCUUAUGUGUUUUCUAA